UAAGUCUAUAAGCCUGCAUUUGCCUGGCAACUGUUACCUAGUGACAGUUUCAGCGGCAGUAGCCAUUGGCUGUGCUGAUUGGGGCAGGAGGACCGAGUCACCUUUCUGAUGGUGAGUUCUUCUGCAUCAGCUCUGGAUAAGGAGGAGGAGCAGACUCUGGCUCAGGUGAAAGCAGUGAGACUGAGAAACUGUAAAGACUCUCCCGGCAGCAUCUUGAUAACUGCAUCACAGUAAAUCGGACUUCUGAAUCAAGCAGCCCCGCUUCACAGCUGAUAUGAGUGAAUUCGCAUGAGAAUCAUUACCUUAUUCCUGUAACAAGAGAACUAUUUUGUGAUAAGUGAAACUCAGCAUGUCCAAGGAGGAGUAUUCUGUGGCUGACAUAAAAGAAGGACUUCCCUGAAUGGUGUGUUGCUGCACGAGAAAAUAACUUUGAGAAGAAUGCUUUCUAUUAAGAAAAUGUUUUCAUUUCUAGUGCAUGCUAUUUCUUGAAAAGCUAUGCCAACAAAGAGUGACAAGAGACUCCCUGAAUUGCUUGUAUUUGGGGGAAAGACUUUGGCAAAUGUUAAUCCGGUGCCAGAAUGACCUUGGAAGCCUUUUGGAUGGAUUCUGCCCUGCCAGAAUCACAGUAUGUCAAAGCCCAAGAUUUAAACACAUCUUGAUGUGUUGAGAUAUUUUAAAACAAAGACUAUUUCCCAGCCUACCUGAUGGUCCUGCUUUAAUUGAGUUUUUGCUUAAAAUAGAAUACAGAAACAGAAGAGGCAUUUUCUUAACAUAUGGCUGCUAAUAACUGCAAAUCUAAUAAAACAAGAUUUAUAUUUCAUAGCACUAGCUAAUAAAUCCAGUUUCUCUAGAAGUGCCUGUAUGUCCAAAAGUUGCUUGAAAGCACUGGAAGGAGCUAACAAGAGACCUCUUUUCACCUUUCUAGCUCAUCCUCCUCCUUUAUCCCCCAAAGCUGAGAUGUGUCACUGGUGAACUAAGGCUGAUGAAGAGACCUGAGCACACUGUGAAAUACUCAGCUGUAAUACAGGCAUUGGCACUUUCUACUGAAGCAGGUUCUCAGACACUGAUUUGCAGAGUGUCUGGCACGGGCACCUGCUUGCUGCAGCCAAAGCUACAAAUUUUCCUAAUUCCAAGCCAUGAAUGAAUCCAAGUGGACUGAAUGGAGGAUCCUGAACAUGAGCAGUGGCAUUGUGAAUAUGUCCGAGCAUCAUUCCUGCCCACUUGGAUUUGGUCACUACAGUGUGGAGGAUGUUUGCAUCUUUGAGACAGUUGUUAUUGUCUUGCUGACAUUUCUGAUCAUCGCUGGGAAUUUAACAGUCAUCUUUGUCUUUCAUUGUGCUCCACUGUUACAUCAUUAUACUACCAGCUAUUUCAUACAGACAAUGGCAUAUGCUGACCUCUUCGUUGGAGUUACCUGCUUGGUUCCUACUCUGUCUCUUCUACAUUAUUCUACAGGUGUCCACGAGUCAUUGACUUGCCAGGUGUUUGGAUAUAUUAUCUCAGUUCUAAAAAGUGUUUCUAUGGCCUGUCUUGCUUGCAUCAGUGUGGAUCGCUAUCUUGCAAUAACCAAGCCUCUUUCCUACAAUCAAUUGGUCACCCCUUGUCGCCUGAGAGUUUGCAUUAUUAUGAUUUGGAUUUAUUCCUGCCUAAUUUUUUUGCCUUCUUUUUUUGGCUGGGGCAAACCUGGUUACCACGGUGACAUUUUUGAAUGGUGUGCCACAUCUUGGCUCACCAGUGCCUAUUUUACAUGCUUUAUUGUCUGUUUACUUUAUGCUCCUGCUGCCUUGGUUGUCUGCUUCACUUACUUUCACAUUUUCAAAAUCUGCCGGCAGCACACCAAAGAGAUAAAUGACCGGAGGGCCCGAUUCCCUAGUCACGAGGUAGAUGCCUCUAGAGAGGCAGGACACAGCCCCGAUCGUCGCUAUGCCAUGGUUUUAUUUAGGAUAACCAGUGUAUUUUACAUGCUAUGGCUUCCGUAUAUUAUUUACUUUCUUCUAGAAAGUUCUCGUGUCUUGGACAAUCCAACACUGUCCUUCUUAACCACUUGGCUUGCUAUAAGCAAUAGUUUUUGUAACUGUGUAAUAUACAGCCUCUCCAACAGUGUUUUCCGCCUUGGCCUCCGAAGACUUUCUGAAACAAUGUGCACAUCUUGUGUGUGUGUGAAGGAUCAGGAAGCACAGGAUCCCAAGCCCAGGAGACGGGCAAAUUCCUGUUCCAUUUGAAGAGAACUGCACAGUAAAUCAAAUGUAAUGUGACAGUGGUUUUGGAUUGUAUUCUUGAUUUAUUUGGAAAUUUGCCCUAGAGAAAUGUUUAUGUGAAUAGUUGACUAAGAAGUGAGGAAUGACAUUAAAGGUCUCUUUUAUUUCCUUUUGUGCAAGAAAAAAAGCAAAAGGAAAGGAUGUAUGAAGAAUAAUCUCGUAAGAGAAUUGUAGCGUGUGAAUAUGUGUUCAAUGUUUGAUUCUCAUCACUGAGGAUGGAAGAGAUACUUCAAAUCUGCAAAAUAUGAGCGCUUCUUAGCAUCUCUUUUUCUACAUUCUCUCUGCCUAUGUCUCUGUCUUUUCUUUAGACUUAUUCUGUGUUUUUACUCCUUGUACUGUAGUUGUUCAUUAUUUACUUACCUGUCCUUCAUGAAAAGUGCAAGUACUACAUUUAUGAGGCCAAGUAUAACCUUUCCAUCAUAGCACUGAGACAUGCAGUCUACAUCAAUUGUGUUGUGUUUAGGGAGGGUACACAGUAAGUGUUACAUUUUAUUAUUUUUCAUACCACAUGUGUUUAUGUUCUUGUCAUCUUCUUCACAGCACAGAUUCUCCACUACAAACAGAAAGGAAUAAUAUCUUUUUUUUCUUCUGUAAAAGCACUUUUGGUUUCUUUCCCUUUCCCCAACACCUGCAAUUGCCAAAUCAAUAUUUGAUUCCUCCGAAACAAACUCUGUAAGUGUCUUAGCUGAUGAACGAAUUCUCUAUAUAAGGGAGUCAAGGUAUUAAAUAAGGUAUUUUUUCUAACAAAGAAAUCUAGUAGUGAAGAGAUUGUGUUUAAUACUUUGAUGGAUUUUGGAAACAUUUUAUCUGCUUUCUUUGAAGAUUGUUCAUGUGCCUAAAGUUUUUUUUUUUUGCUAUAGUAAGGUUUUUAUAUUUUCUCUAUAAAGCCCAGAAUAUUCCUAACACAGAUGCAGAAUACUCACCUGUGAUGAAUAUCACUCUUUGUGCUACUCAUAAAGCCCUUUAGAAAAAGUUAAACACUGAGAUUGCGUAUUAGGUUUGUAACAACUUAUUUCACGUCCACUACUCAUUUUUAUGGUAUGUAGUUACAUAGUCCAUAUUUUUUUACAAAAGUAUAAAUUAUAUUAUGUGGCUUGUGCCUACUGUUUUCACACACACACAC